AUGGGCAACAAUCCAGUCUUUGCUGUCACUGUGUUCUUUAUCUGCUUCCGAGAAUGUCUGGAGACAACGGUCGUCGUGUCAGUUCUGCUGGCAUUUUUGAAGCAGUCACUUGGAGGUGGCGAGGACCAGAAAACCCACAAAAGGCUUGUGAAACAAGUCUGGCUGGGAUGUGGUCUAGGACUGUUCGUCUGUCUCGCCGUUGGCUGCGGCAUGAUCGGUGCUUUCUACGGUCUCGGCACCGAUAGUUUCUCCAGUACGGAGGACAUUUGGGAAGGCGUUCUGGGGAUCAUCGCCUCUUUGAUCAUCACCAUCAUGGGCGCAGCCUUGUUGCGCGUCUCCAAGUUGCAGGACAAAUGGCGCGUCAAGCUUGCCAAAGCUCUCGAACAUGAGCGCAAUCCGAAUGAGUCGCGAAAAGGCCGAUUCAAGCGAUGGAUGGAGAAGUACGUGAUGUUUGUGCUUCCUUUUGUCACGGUUCUGCGUGAGGGUCUGGAAGCCGUGAUAUAUGUUGGUGGUGUUGGCUUAGGGCUCCCGGCCACCUCAUUCCCUCUAGCUGUGGUUUGCGGGCUUGCAGCCGGUAUCUUGGUUGGAUACCUGAUCUACAAAGGCGGGCGAGAGACCUCUAUGCAAAUAUUCCUGAUCAUUUCGACCUGCUUCCUCUAUCUCGUGGCCGGCGGUUUGUUCUCCCGAGGCGUCUGGUACUUCGAAAACAACACCUGGAACCAUGUCAUUGGCGGCGAUUCGUCUGAGACGGGUUCCGGUGCAGGAUCAUACGACAUUGACCAGAGCAUUUGGCACGUCAACUGCUGCAACCCCGAACUUGGUGGUGGUGGAGGGUGGGGUAUCUUCAACGCCCUUCUAGGAUGGACCAACUCGGCUACCUACGGAUCGGUUCUCGCAUACAACUUUUACUGGAUCUGUGUGAUCAUUGCCUAUGCUUGCAUGAUGUACCGCGAGCGCCGUGGACAUCUGCCUUACAUUGAUCCUGCGAUGAAGAAGAUACAAAACUUCAAGGCUAGGAGCCGGGCCUUUGUGCUGCGCCGACCCUAUCAGGAAGAGGAUACCACAAGCUCUCCUGACAAUUCCAGCGGCGCCCUUGAGCAGAGUGUGUUCGGCAAGGAGAAGAUGUCCGGCGCAGAUUUCUCUGCCAACGUCAAGCAAGCCAACACUUAG